ACUCAACACAAAAACCCAUCCAUCCACUGACCCACGGCAAAACCAAAUCCGCUGUCGGAAGCCUCCACUCCACUCCACUCCACUCUCUAGCAGCUCCUCAACAUUCAACAAGCCACGAGCAGAGCCACCGCGGCCAGCGAGCGCGAGUGAGGCGCCGGCGUUCGAUCGACGAGAUGAGCGUGGUGGUCCUGGACGGGUCGACGGUGCGGUCCUUCGUGGCCGACGAGGCGGCCUUCGCGCGCAGCGUGGAUGCGCGCUUCGCCGCGCUCGACGCCAACGGCGACGGCGUGCUCUCCCGCGCCGAGCUCCGCCGCGCGCUCGAGUCCUUCCGCCUCCUCGACGGCGCGGGCUUCGGCUCCGCCGAGCCGGCCCCGCUCCCGGGCGAGGUCGCGGCCCUCUACGACGCCGUGUUCGAGCAGUUCGACGCUGACCACAGCGGCGCCGUGGACCGCGCCGAGUUCCGCGGCGAGAUGCGCCGCAUCAUGCUCGCCGUCGCCGACGGCCUCGGCUGCCAGCCGCUCCAGGUCGCCGUGGACGACAAGGGCGGCAGCUUCCUGCUCGAGGCCGCGGAGCACGAGGCCGCCAUGAUCGCCGCCAGGGUCCAGGAAGAACGCGACAAGACCGCGGCCGAGGAGGCAGCCGACGGCAAGUGAUGACGGCGCCGACGGCUCCACGGUGUGUACGUGUCAAGGUGGUGACGUGGAGUGGCGCGUGGCGUGUACGUGUGAGACGAGUAGUGUGCCGCGUGCGUUUGUCCUGACUCCUUAGUGUAAUGUACCGAGUAUAUUAUGAAAAAAAUCGUUUCAGAUUCUCCUA